AAACACACAAAGAGAAAAGACUAAAGAGUUACUUACUUACACGUACACGAGUCCCUCCCUCCAACCCAAAACAGUACCCUUUUUCCCAGGACGCAACAAACAUACAAAAAACAAACUAGCUAGCUAGUUCGGAACCAGAAGCAACAAACCAAUCAUCAUCACCGCAAUGAUGAAGUGGAGCCAGAGCGAUCUGGACGUGAUCCUGGUUCCGAUGGCCUUGAUGGUGAUCGCCGGCUACCACGCCUGGCUCUGGCACAAAGUCCGCACCCAGCCCCUCUCCACCACCCUCGGCACCAACGCCGCCGGCCGCCGAUACUGGGUCGCCGCCAUGAUGAAGGACAACGAGAAGAAGAACAUCCUUGCGGUUCAAACACUGAGGAACCUGAUCAUGGGCUCCACGCUGAUGGCCACGACGUCGAUCCUCCUCUCGGCCGGGCUGGCCGCCAUCAUCAGCAGCACCUACAGCGUCAAGCGGCCCCUAAACGACACCGUUUUCGGGGCCCAGGGCGACUUCAUGAUGGCCGUGAAAUACGUCACCAUCCUCACCAUCUUCCUCUUCUCCUUCUUCUGCCACUCCCUCUCCAUCCGCUUCGUCAACCAGGUCAACCUCCUCAUCAACACGCCUCAAAGUCAAGACCCCGCCGCCGGCGGCGGCCACGUCAUCGUCACCCCGGAGUACGUCGCCGACCUCCUCGAAAAAGGUUACGUCCUCAACACGGUGGGUAACCGCCUCUUCUACGCCGCGCUGCCGCUUCUUCUCUGGAUCUUCGGCCCGGUGCUGGUUUUCAUCUGCUCCGUCGCCAUGGUCCCCGUGCUCUACAACCUCGACUUCCUGUUCGGAGGGGGCAGUGACGGAGCUGGUGGGAAGAGGAAACCCGCCGCCGACCACCGUCGUCAGGGCUCGAGUUUGGUGUAGAAAGUAAUGUCGACCUUUUGUGGCGGUGGUGGCACGUAAUGGUGGAUCGGCGGUUUUUCAACUUUCAAAAUGUUGUUGAAUCAUAAAUAUUAUUAUUAUUAUUAUUAUUAUUAUUAUUAUUAUUAUUAUUAUUAUUAUUAUUAUUAUUAUUAUCCAUCGGUG